UUAUCAACGGGGCUUAAACAAUCACAAAGGUUAUAAAUACCAUGGGCAAUAUAUUAAGUAAUGCUUCACCCUUAUCAUCGCAAGAAGGAACAUUACAGAUUAUAUACAUGUACGUAUCGGUAUGCGAAUUGAAAGACGUCAUUUUCGACCACAAAGAGGAAGUGCUGCAAUGAUUUUCAUCGCCGUCCAGUUACUACAGCUUCUGACAAUUGUUGUGGCUUAUGAAAAUCUAGCACUACGGAAACCUGCAUGGCAGCAACAUAAUUUUAAUGGUCAAGAAGUAAACUGGGGAGCAGCAAAGGCUGUGGACGGACUGUAUACUGACCGCUCAGCAGGAGGAAACCAAUGUACUAUAUCUAACACGGGUCAAACAACAGCGACGUGGAGAGUGGAUCUGAAGAGUUUAGUCAGCAUCAGUCACAUUAACAUCUACUACAGGACAGAUGGUCAACCGAGCCCCGGUCCGUAUUAUCAUCGAUUUGCUGGGUUCUCCCUUUACGUGUCCAACACCACGUCAAAGGAUGACGGUCAUCUUUGUUUCCAUGAGAUGCAGACUGUGGACGGUACACCAGUAGAGAACCAGACAAUAAGAUGUUCUGUUCAUGGACGAUAUGUGAUAUACUACAACGAACGGAAAUCGGGUGUCUCCUAUCCUAGUUAUUACUCACAAUACGCAUUCAAUAAUCUUUGUGAGUUGCAAGUUGAAGGAUGCCCUGACCCAACAUUUUAUGGAGUGAACUGUGACCAACCGUGUCCCGACGGAUGUCAAGAGAAACGGUGUGACGUCAAGACGGGCCACUGUUUGGGGUGUAGACCGGGUUAUCAAGGUCUCCGUUGUAGUCUGGUGUGUGGUGUACAGACAUACGGGCUGGGGUGCUCUUCCUCAUGUGGUAACUGUAGUGAUGGAGAGACCUGUCACCAUGUCAACGGCACAUGUCUAAAUGGAUGUAACGAGGGAGUAGAGGGAGAGAAAUGUCAGACACAAUGUCAACCAGGGUAUUAUGGAAAAGACUGUGAGGCGUUAUGCAGUGACAACUGUAAUGUGACCAAUCGAUGUAACCGAUUUACAGGGGAUUGUGAUGGAGGUUGUAAACCGGGAUGGCAGGGAACACGGUGUUACGACAUAUGUAACGAACAGAAGUAUGGGCCGGAAUGUUCUCUGUCGUGUGGUAACUGUAGUGAUGGGGAGACAUGUCACCAUGUCAACGGCACAUGUCCACGAGGAUGUGAUGAGGGCGUGGACGGGGACGAAUGUCAGACAGCGUGCCUACCUGGCUUUUAUGGGAAGAACUGUGGACAGAGAUGCAGUGAGAACUGUAACGUGACAAACCGCUGUAACAUAUUCACAGGGGAGUGUGACGGGGGCUGUAAACCAGGAUGGAAGACGCCAACAUGUCAGCAAGAAGAGUUAUCAUCCUGCGCUACAUGUACAAGUUCUAAGGAUGACAACACCGCCAUCAUCGUGAGUUUUGUAGGAUCUGUUUUCAUAGUGCUCAUCGGAAGUGUCAUCAACUUCCUACUAUGGAAGAGAAAUCAACUCGAAAACGUAAAGAAAGGGUAA